AUGACCAUGGCGGCCCAAAGAUCAGCGAAUCCAACAACGUCAAACUCAAACGGCGAUGCGCGAGGACCUUCGCAGACCUCGACCGCCGGAAACAUGCUCACACCAAACACCACCACCAAUGUGAAUCGCAAGAAGCAAAAACGGCGACAGAAGCAAGCUGCUCGCCUUGCAGCGGAGGCCCCCGAGGCUCGAUUCAUGGACCAACCGACGGAUCAACUGCACAACCACCAUACCCAUAACGAGGACGCCGAGCAGGGUGCACCCGGCUCCCUAGACUUCAACGGCGAGGACCAUGACCUUGGCGACGGUAAUGGGGAGGUGGAGAAUCAAUACGAUCUCGAUGGACCUUUUACAUCGAACAACGUGGCGGACCACCAUCCUGACCAACAUGAGCACAAGCCAAAAAAGAAGAAGAACAAGAAGGGCCGGUCUGGCUCACAUGCUCACCCCGAUGGCAGCUCCACACCUCUCUCUACGCCCUCGGCGACCUAUUCCCACUCGCACCAGCAUCUCCAUUCGCAUUCGCAUUCGCACUCCCACUCCCACUCCCACUCCCACUCCCACUCCCACUCAUUGCCCUAUGGCCAUCGCUUCCCAGCGCGGUCGAGCAAAGAGAAUAGCAUCUGGAAUCAAUCGUCGCUGGAAGAGCGGGAGAAUAUUCGUACAUUUUGGUUCGAAUUAGGAGAGGAAGAGCGUCGUCAACUCGUCAAGGUGGAGAAGGAUGCGGUGUUGAAGAAAAUGAAGGAACAACAAAAGCAUUCCUGCAGUUGCACCGUAUGUGGCCGAAAGCGGACCGCAAUCGAGGAAGAGCUGGAGGUGCUGUACGAUGCGUACUAUGAGGAAUUGGAACAAUACGCCAACAAUAACCAGGGCUCCUUUGACGAGGGCGCUCCAAUCAUUCCACCACCUCGGCUGUAUCAGCCUCCACUUCGAUCGCCCGGUCAACAUACUCGUACACACGGUCAAUAUCAUCCUUCACGCGGCCGAGUCCAAGAACUGCCGGAGGAUGAGGAUGAGGAUUAUGAAGAUGAAUACGACGAGGACGAAGAGGAGGAUGAGGAUGACGACGAGCUGUACAGCGACGAGGAGUACGAGGAUGACGAAGCACGCGCAGCCCGCGCUGACUUUUUUGCCUUUGGAAACAGCUUAACAGUGAAAGAUGGCAUUCUAACGGUGGCCGAUGAUCUUCUCAAAAACGACGGGAAACACUUCAUCGACAUGAUGGAACAACUGGCUGAACGCCGUAUGCAGAGAGAAGAAGACACCCAGUACAACAUUGCUGCAGCUCAUCAAUCUUUUCACGCUGGUCACAACCAUGGUCCGCUCGACGACGAAGAAUACGACGACGAAGAAGAAGACGAUGAUUAUGAUAGCCAAGAAGAGGAGGAGUUCGACGAGGACGAGAUGGAUGCGAUGACCGAAGAGCAGCGAAUGCAGGAAGGUCGACGGAUGUUCCAGAUUUUCGCGGCACGGAUGUUCGAGCAACGAGUGAUGACGGCGUAUCGAGAAAAGGUGGCCGAGCAACGACAAAAGCAGCUAAUAGAGGAGCUGUUGGAGGAGGAGAAUCGUAACGAACAGCGUAAUGCGAAGAAGGCCCGUGAAGCGCAGAAAAAGAAGGACAAGAAACGUCUGCAGAAACAGGCCAAAGAGGAAGAAAAGGCCCGCCGCGAGGCAGAGAAGGCCGCGGAGGAGGCUGCAGCGAAGGCAGCUCAUGAGAAGAAGCUCGAGGAGCAGCGAAUCAAGCGCGAGGAGCAGCGCAAGAAGCGUGAGGCCGAGCGCAAAGCGCAAGAGGAUGAGCGUGCGCGGAAGGAAGCCGAGAAGCAGCGCCGAGCUAGAGAAGAGCGUGAAAGACAGGCCGAAGCGGAGCGAAAACAGCGUGAGCAGAAAGAGGAGAAAAGGAGGCGUGAUGAAGCUAAGCGCAAGGAGAAGGAAGAGCGUGACAAGAAAGCCAAGGAAGAGAACGAGCGCAAGUCAAGAGACCUACCAACUGACCGAGAUCGUGAGAUCGCUGUGCGCGCAGAGCAUGCAGCCAAACCGUACAUGCAAACUAGGCCUCUUUCGCACGUGGGGUCAAUUCCUCUGUCCUCGGCGCUUCAGACGCAGGCUAUGCCAAACUCCUCCUCAACACACUACUCCGUGGCUAGUCCCAUGGCUCCCAAAUCCGCCACACCAAGCAGGCCUCGGCCAUCGUCUCAGCAAGAUUCUCAUUCUUCGUCUCCCCAUUCGCAGACGACAAAUUCAGAGUCCCCUUUUCAGCCGUCGAUCUCUCCACGGUCUCUGGCACAGUCGCAGUCGCAGUCCAUCAUGUCAGGCCACACCCGCCCCGUGCAGCAACCUCAACCUCCCCUGCACCAUCCUCAACCUUCUGCUCCGCUAUCGCCUCUUGGCCGCAGCAAUCCUCCUGGCUUUUCCAGCCUUGGCGCUCUACCUGGGAACCCUCCUGGUCUUCCUGGCAUGGGUGGGCGGCCCCUUCAUGCUCCGGAGAUGCCGUUGUAUUCCCCGAAUUUGGCUGCAAUGAGUCCUCUUCGAGGAUUUGGUAGCUCUGGAAGCAUCCCUCCGCCUCCUGGCAUCAGUGGAAUACGCUCAACACCAGCAGGACCGGCAUUCCCAUUCACUGAGAACGGCCAUGGAAUGUCCUUCACGAGUCAACAAGGUCUUACUGGAUCGUUCGCGAUGCCGCAACCUGGAUUGCAACAGACUCAGACCAUGCAGUUGUCGGCCUCGUUCGAACGGCCACCCCUCGAACCCGGCCCCAAUCCCUACCCGGUCGUCUGGCAGAACGCCAUCAACCGUCCUCCAAGUGUUAAUCAAGAUCAGCCUCGACGUCCCCGUGGUCACGCUCACAUUCACCACCGAUCCCGCCGUGACAUUGACGAUUUGAGCACCCAGCUUGGCAGCAGUGCUUUGCUGGACGACACGGACAUUCCCUUUUCAUCCAAUCUGUCUCAAUCGCUUCCCGGCGCUGCUGCUCCCGGUUCUUUCGCAUCGCCCGCCAGAGCCAGCUUUCAAGGGUCUUUGUUCACAGAACCUCUUGGAUCUCAGCACAUUCCAUUUGCAGGCGGCUCAAGUUGGGCUGCUCCGGCGCCUUUCGGAGGGUCCGGGUUCCCCGCCGCCUCUACCUGGGGAGCUACAACUGGAAGCGGUUGGUCGCAUAACGCCUUUGCCUCGAGUGCUCAUCAUCGACCACACACGUCCCGCCCGGUCACCGUUCGUCUGCUAGCGAUCCAGGCUUGCAAGUAUUUGAACACGCUGAGCCCUCGUGUCGGAUCGGACGGUUACCAUGAUGUAAAUCUCGUCCUCGACCAGGCUGAGCGGCUGCGGGCGCCCAGCGAGCCCACGAUCACACUCGACGAAAUGCUGGAGAUCUGUGAUACGGAAGGUAAUUCACAGAACGGCGGCGGAUCUUUCUUGAUCAAGAAUGGGGAGACAGGCCAGCUUGUCAAAUUUGAGCCUGACACGAACAGCACCAGUGGUGGACAUCGAGGCAGCAUUGUUCCCGGUGACAUCGGUAGCCCAGUCCCUACGCACAGCCAUCCUGCUGUCUUCGGCGGCUUUGGUGCUCAUGCGCCUCCGGUCUCACGACAAUACUCUUCUCCUGCCGCUGGACGAUUUGGCACAACCUCCUGA